AUGGCUCUGAACGGCAUGGACGUGCAGAAGCAGAUCAAGCACAUGAUGGCUUUCAUCGAGCAGGAGGCCAAUGAGAAGACCGAAGAGAUCGACGCGAAGGCCGACGAGGAGUUCAACAUCGAGAAGGGCCGCCUGGUGCAGACCCAGCGGCUGCAGAUCAUGGAGUACUACGAGAAGAAGGAGAAGCAGAUCGAGCAGCAGAAAAAGAUCCAGCUGUCCACCGUGAAAAACCAGGCGAGGCUGGAAGUCCUCAGAGCCCGGGACGACCUGGUGGUGGACUUGCUCACCGAGGCCAGGCAGAGACUGAGCAACAUCGUGGAGGACCCCACCAUCUACCAAGAGCUCCUGGAAAAACUCCUGCUCCAGAGCUUGUUCAGGCUGCUGGAGCCCCGGGUGCUGGUGAGGUGCAGGCCGCAGGACACCCUCUUCAUGGAGACUGCCCUGCAGAAGGUCAUCCCCCGGUACACGGAGGUCUCCUGCAAAGCUGUGGUGGUCCACAUUGACCAAGAGGUCUUCCUGCCCGCAAACUUAGCUGGUGGCUUGGAAGCCUACAGCUUUGAUCACAGAGUCAUGGUUUCCAAUACCUUGGAAGGCCGCCUGGACAUCCUGGCCCAGCACAGGAUGCCCGAGAUACGGAAGGCCUUGUUCGGAGCUAAUGCCAACAGGAAGUUUUUUACAUAA